AUGAUGCAGCAUCUACCUGGUAUCAAGAGAGAGUAUUUGCGUAAGAUGACUAAAAAAGCUAGAACUAUCUAUACAUUAUUCAAAGGGAUAGGAAUAGAUAAAAUUGAGUACAUUACAUAUAGUGUUGAUGCUAUUUCUAGUUUAACCGGUACUCAAAUUCAAAAUAUUAUAAAUCUUUAUAGUGAAGAAUUAGAUACGAAAAUACCAUCGUCCGAAUCUCAGAAAUUGAUCGGCGUGAAGAAUUCUUCACGAGUAUAUGCUCAACCAAAAUAUGAUAUAGAAACUAAAGUAUGCGAAGAAACUUUACCGGAGACGGAG